AUGUUGGACGACAAGAAAGACCAAUUUGUGGUCGACAUUGAGCAUGAUGCCGCGGGCAGCUUCAAUAAUAGCUCCGAGAAAACCGUCUCCGAAGAUGUGUUAGAGACCACCCAAUUCAAAGAUUUCAACGAUAAGUUGGAUAGUGCCAAGUACGGCCAGACCAAAAGACGGUUGUCUAGUCGUCAUGUGGCGUUGAUGAUCAUCGGUCAGAGUAUUGGAACUGGGUUAUUUGUGGGGUUGCUGUCACCAUUAGUGACAUCGGGAUCGCUUUCACUUUUUACCGGGUUUUUGUUCUACUCAUGUUUUGUGAUUUGGCCCAUGAUGCAGGCGGUGGCCGAAAUGUGCUCAUAUUUACCAAUCAAGGGAUCCUUCUUGCACUACUCGGCCCGGUGGGUCGACCCGGCCUUAGGGUUUGCUUGUACGAUUAUUUAUUUGUACACCUCGAUCAUGUUCUUGGCAUUGGAAGCUACUGCCUUUGCCGGAGUGUGCCUGUUUUGGAGUGACGUAAAUGCUGGUGUGUGGAUCACCGUGGCUUUGGUGUCGACAUUAAUAUUCAACGUUUUUGGAGUCAAUUGGUACGGAGAAAUUGAGUUUGUGGCUUCUAUCACCAAGGUGUUAUUGGUGGUGGGCCUUAUGUUUUUCUCCUUGAUCUCAAUGUGUGGAGGAAACCCCAAAGGUGAUGCUUAUGGGUUCGGCAACUGGAGCAAGGGUGGCUUGGUGAAGGAAUAUCUUGUUUCUGGUACCACUGGUCGGUUUUUGGGAUGGUGGAACGUGAUGGUAUACGCUGCUUUUAGUUGUGGAGGCCCUGAUUUGCUUGGGAUGAUUGCCAGUGAAGUUGAGCGUCCACGGAAGACUAUCCCAAUGGCUGGUAGAAGAGCUUACAUCCGUAUCUAUAUUUUCUACUUGGGAGGUUUGUUCUUCAUGAACUGCUUAUGUGCGUCCACAAACCCAACCUUAUUGGAUGCCAGGGCCAACGGUAAUUCGGGUGCCGCUGCCAGUCCAUGGGUUAUUGGAAUUAAGGAGGUGGGAGUUCACGGGUUGGACUCGUUGGUGAAUGUGGUGAUUGCGUUGUCUGCCUGGUCCUGUGGAAAUGGGUUCACGUACGGAGCCACCAGAACCGCGUACUCGGCCUCGUUGGCGGGAUACUUGCCCCGUUUCUUCUCCAAAUGUCUCAAGUCUGGAUGCCCUAUCUACUGUGUAAUUGGGUGUAUGGCGAUUUCGUGUAUAGCCUAUUUGAGCAUCGGAACCUCCACCGCAGUGGUGUUCAACUGGUUUAUCAACUUGAGUACCACCGGAAUUUUGUCCACCUACGUUUGUAUUUGGAUAUGUUAUUUCAAGUUCAAAAGGGCGUUUGUGGCACAAGGUUACGACUAUGAAACUGAUUCGACCUUUAAGCCUCCACGGUUUGUGCACCCAUACAUGACAUAUUUCGGGUUCUUUAUGACGUUGGUGAUCUUGUUAUUCAACGGCUUUUGGAUUUUCUUCCCUGGCCAGUGGUCAGCUGCCAAUUUUUUCACGUCGUAUUUUGCACCCAUUCUUUUUGUGGGGUUGUUUGUGUUUUGGAAGGUGUUCAAAAGAACGCACUGGAGAACCGAUUUGGAGGCCGAUUUAACUACUGGAAAGGCGAGGAUAGAUAAAGAAGAGGCUAUCGAGGAGGAGGAGUACGCAGCUAAACCACGGAAAAGUGGAUUUUUGUGGAAAUGUUAUUAUAAGUUUGCAGAUAUUUGUUACAAUUAG